AUGUCCAUAGAUUUUCCCAAGGAGGAGGUAGUCACAAUCGAGAGAUGGCGUGCCAUUAACGCAUUCCAACGCCAGCUUGAAUUGUCGAGUGGCCGCCCGCACUAUACGUUUUAUGAUGGCCCGCCAUUCGCAACCGGUCUUCCUCACUAUGGGCACUUGCUGGCAUCGACAAUCAAGGAUAUCAUACCGAGAUAUUGGUCAAUGAAGGGUUUCCAUGUCGAACGUCGAUUCGGCUGGGACACUCACGGGCUACCAAUUGAGCACGAAAUUGACAAGAAAUUAGGCAUAUCCGGAAAAGCUGCUGUUAUGAAGUUUGGGAUUGAAAAGUACAACGAAGAAUGCCGCGCCAUUGUCAUGCGCUAUGCUUCAGAAUGGCGAAUUACAAUCGAGCGGUUGGGGCGGUGGAUAGACUUUGACAAUGACUACAAGACGAUGGAUCCCAAAUUCAUGGAAUCUUUGUGGUGGGUUUUCAAGCAACUGUUUGAGAAAGGACAGGUCUACCAAGGUCAUCGGGUUAUGCCGUACUCCACAGUCCUCACAACUGCACUGAGCAACUUUGAAGCGAAUCAGAACUAUCAAGAUGUAACCGACCCGGCCGUGGUAGUGUCAUUUCCACUUGUCGAAGAUCCAGAUAUCCACCUCCUAGCCUGGACGACCACGCCAUGGACCCUUCCCUCCCACACGGGCCUGGCCGUGCACCCGGAUUUUGAAUACAUCAAGAUACAUGAUGAGAAAUCGGGAAAAGUCUUUGUCAUCCUCGAACAACUACUAUCCACUCUGUAUAAAGAUCCGAAGAAGGCGAAGUACUCCGUGGUUGGAAAAGUCAAGGGCAAAGAAAUGUUGGGAUGGCAAUACAAGCCGCUAUUUGACUACUUCUACGAGGAUUUCAAGGACCAUGGCUUCCGAGUGCUCAAUGGAACCUAUGUUACAGCAGACAGCGGGACGGGAAUUGUACAUCAAGCACCUGCCUUUGGCGAGGAGGAUUACAACGUUGCUGUAGCGGCGGGAGUUAUCAGUGAAAAGAGGCCACCACCGGACCCACUUGACGAUACCGGCCACUUUACAGAGAAAGUGCCAGACUUUGCUGGCAUGCAUGUUAAACAGGCUGACAAACACAUAAUCAAGUAUCUGAAGGCUGCCGAUCGCUUGGUUGUCGAGUCACAGUUACGCCACUCAUACCCAAUGUGCCCCAGAUCCGACACACCCCUUAUUUACCGUGCGGUACCUUCCUGGUUCAUUAGAAUACCUGAGAUCAUCCCCGAUAUGCUCAAAAAUAUUGAGGGAUCUCACUGGGUCCCCUCUUUUGUCAAGGAGCGUCGAUUUGCUAGCUGGAUAGCUAACGCAAGAGAUUGGAAUGUUGGCAGAAAUCGGUACUGGGGCACCCCGAUUCCUCUAUGGGUCAGUGACGACCUAGAAGAGAGAGUCUGCAUCGGGAGCAUUGAAGAGCUGCGCGAACUUAGCGGGUAUAAAGGUGAAAUCAAAGAUCUGCAUCGCGACAAGGUAGAUCACAUCACCAUCCCUAGCAAGAUGGGUAAAGGUACAUUGAGGCGAGUUGACGAAGUCUUCGACUGCUGGUUUGAAUCAGGAAGCAUGCCAUAUGCCAGCCAACAUUACCCUUUUGAAAACGUCGAAAAGUUUGAGAAGUCCUUUCCAGGGGACUUCAUUGCCGAGGGACUUGAUCAAACUCGAGGGUGGUUUUACACUCUCCUCGUGCUUGGGACACAUUUAUUUGGUUGCUCACCCUUUCAAAAUUGUGUCGUGAAUGGCAUUGUACUUGCAGAAGACGGCAAGAAGAUGUCAAAAAGACUCAAAAACUACCCUGACCCUUCUAUUGUGAUGGAUAAGUAUGGUUCUGAUGCUCUCCGACUGUAUCUUAUUAAUUCGCCGGUUGUUCGGGCUGAGCCUCUUCGGUUUAAAGAGUCUGGAGUAAAAGAGGUUGUGCAGAAGGUUCUGCUUCCGCUUUGGAACAGCUUCAAGUUCUUCGAAGGGCAGACUGCUCUCUUGAAGAAGACAGAAGGAGUUGAGUAUAUGUGGAAUCCGGACAUGGAAUCAGAAAACGACAAUGUCAUGGACCGUUGGAUUCUGGCAAGCUGCCAAAGUCUUUUAGAGUUCGUCAACAAAGAAAUGCGAGGAUAUCGACUCUAUACAGUUGUACCACGACUCCUGGAACUCAUCGACAACACCACCAACUGGUAUAUCAGAUUUAACCGACGGAGACUCAAGGGAGAGAAUGGUCUGCAAGAUACACAGCAUGCGCUAAAUGCCCUCUUCGAAGUCCUGUACACUCUUUGCCGAGGGUUGGCUCCAUUUACACCAUUUUUGUCAGAUACUAUCUAUCUGAAAUUACUCCCGCACAUUCCGCAAGAACUGCAGGCACAAGAUCCUCGAAGCGUUCACUUUCUGCCAUUUCCAGAAGUCAGGAAAGAGCUCUUUAACUCGGAAGUAGAGAGGAGAGUCUCGAGAAUGCAACGAGUAAUUGAAUUGGCAAGAGUGUCAAGAGAACGAAAAAGUAUCGGCCUAAAGACGCCGCUCAAGACAUUGGUUGUCAUACAUCAUGACCCCCAAUAUCUCGAUGAUGUUAAAUCGCUAGAGAGUUAUAUCACUGAAGAGCUCAAUGUUCGAGACCUUAUUCUAUCAGGUGACGAGGCGAAUUAUAACGUUCAGCUCAGCGUCACUGCGGAUUGGCCGGUCCUUGGUAAAAAGCUCAGAAAGGACAUGGCUCGGGUUAAAAAAGCAUUGCCGAACUUGACUAGCGAACAAGUCCAAGAAUACUUGCAGAACAGAGAGAUUUUGGUUGACGGAAUUCGGCUAGAAGAAGGCGAUUUGGUUGUCCGACGUGGGCUACGGGAGGAUGAUACAUCCAAAAAUCUGGAAAUCAACUCGGACAACGAGGUUCUCACCAUCCUGGACUCCGAAAUCUACCCCGAAUUGGCACAAGAGGGUUUGGCCAGGGAAAUCAUCAACAGAGUCCAAAGGCUUCGUAAGAAGGCGGGACUCCAGGCGACGGAUGAUGUCAAGAUGGAAUAUCAGGUCUUGUCCGACCCCGAAGGUGUGGGGUUGACUGAAGUCUUGAUGUCUCAAUCCGCCACAUUCGAAAAAACCUUGCGGCGACCCCUUGAGAAGGUGCGAGGGGACGGGACAACCUCCGCAAUUAUUGCAGAGGAGGAGCAAGAAGUACAACAGGCUACCUUCUUACUGCGCCUAAUCCACAUGUAG